AUGAGUGAUGCAUAUGAAUCCAACAAGGGAACUGAUCGAAUUCAAGAAAUAAAGGUAGACAUGUCACGUAUGGGUAACCUAUUAUUCCAACCUUCUGUUUUUGAAAGCAUGAUUAAUCUUAGAUGUAUUUUCUUCUAUUUUCCUUCGAGUUGGUUGAGGAAAGAGCAUGAGGAUUAUAAGAAGCUACAUACAGACCAAGAUGAUAUUAUAUCUCUUCCGGAUGAGCUAAGGUAUCUCCGAUGGGGUUAUUACCCCUUCAAAUCUUUAUCAUCAAGUUUUAAUCCAAAGAACCUUGUUGCAUUGGAAUUACCAUAUGAAAACAUGGAACAACUUUGGAACGAAGUUCAUCAGGAUCUUGUUCAUUUACGGAAAAUUAACCUUUUCAGUUGCAAAAAUUUAAAGAAGAUCCCUAAUUUAUUAGGAGCCCUCAACCUGGAAAGACUUGACUGUGAAAAUUGCGAAAGUCUGGUUAAACUUCCUUCCCUCGCCCGUUUGACAUCACUUAAAACCCUUCGCCUUGAGGGAUGUCGUAGUCUCAAGAAGUUUCCGGAGAUCCCAAAUUACUUUUAUGAGUUAGAUUUAUCAGAAACCGGAAUAAAAGAAGUACCUGAUUUCAUUGAGCAUCUCGACAGACUUCAAUGGUUGACCUUGACAAACUCAAUGGUAAAAGAUGUAUCAAGCAAUAUUUCAAAGUUGAAAUCCCUUUUUUCUCUAGAUCUUAGUGGUUGUCCAAUCGUUAAAUUUCCAACUGUUGAUGUGCGCUCACCAAGCUUGAGGUUUAAAAGCCUUAAGUAUAUGCAUAUGGAUCGUUGCAAGAGCCUCAAAUUACUCUCAGAGCUUCCACCAUAUCUGCUCAAGUUGAAUGUACUUGACUGCACAUCAUUGGAAAAAGUUUCCUUUGCAGAUCAAAAUUUAUAUCAGUUUGAUUAUUUAGAUGCUGGUGAUGCUUGUUUUUAUGAGUUUACCAUGCUAUUCCGUAAUUGCUUCAACUUGAAUCAAGAGUCAAUUAAUAACAUUGAGGCAAAUGCCAUGCUCAAAAUUCGAUCCCUAGCUAAGAAAUGGGCAGCGAGAUAUGAUUGCUGUGGCAAGAUUCCUGAUUUGUCAAGUUUGAUUUGUUGUUUCCCAGGAAACAAAAUUUCAGCAAAUAAGUUCAAGUGUCAGAGCAUGAAUUCUUCCUUAAGUUUGAAGAUAGCCCCAAAUGGGGGUGGUGGGAGCAGAUUUUUGGUUUUUGUUAUCUGCCUUGUGGCUGAUCUCACUCACUGCCGUUACAUUAGUGAUGUUGAAUGUAUUUGUAAGUACCAACUUACAGCCGCCGAUGGUGGCAAUGAUGGUGGUGGUGGUGGUUAUAAAAAGCUAAGAAGUAAAAUAUCUUUGUUAUUGUUUCCUGAGCCAGAGAAGUACAAGGAUUAUCACGUGUUUAUUCUAUCUACCGCCGACAUGGUUAAAGAAGACCAGAAUUAUGAGGAGGCAUCAUUCAAAUGCUACAUCAGACUUUUGGAUUUAAGAAGCGGAGGAAAAGAGUAUGUCAAGGUGGAGAGAUGUGGUGUUCAUGUAUUUUACGUGGAUGCAGAGGGUGAUACAGAUGAUACAGAUGCUACAGAUGCUACAGAUGAUACAGAUGCUACUGAAAAGAGACAUGCUGGGAACAAAAGAAGCUUUAGCCAUGAUGGUGAAGAAGGGGGUGGAGGAGUUAAAAGAUUGAAAUAG